AUGAUAUUCUACAAAGAUAAAGACGCGAUUCCUCUAUAUGUGUGCGUGAAAAAGAAUAAAGAUAAAGGAAAGACAAAUCUUGUCAGUGAUGGUGAUGAUGAUGAGUUUGGUUGUGAUGAUAGUGGUUUUGAUAGAGGAAGCUUUUAUGAUAACUAUUUUGGUUGUCAUAUAAUUGAACAAGUUUCAAAUGAAGAUCUAGUGCAGAACAAUGGAGACAUCAUUGGUUCCAAUCCAACACCAAAUGAUAUAGUACACGAGGGAGGUGACAAUGUACUCGAGGAAUGUGAUAAAUUAGUUGAAGAAAAUAACAAUGUAACUGAAGGAGGUCACAAUGUAGUCGAGAGCGGCCAGAUCAUCCCUUAUCAAAAUUUUGAUAUUGGAGAAUUUACCAGAGAAGAAAGUCAAGAUAGUGGGAGACAUGAUGGAUCUGAUUUAAAUGUGGGUCGACACUUUGCAAGUAAGGAUGAAUUGAGUUAUUAUCUUAGUGGUAUUGCCAUUAAUGGGAGAUUUGAAAUGAGAACAAUAAAAUCAAACAAGUCAUUGAAGGAAGUUCGUUGUAUUAGUGAAAAUUGCUUAUGGCGAGUACGUGCUACAAAGAUGAAAGAUUCAGAAUUCUUUGUCAUUCGAAAAUACCAUGGUCUUCACACUUGCUCACUGAUGAACCGAAAUGCCAAUCAUAGACAAGCAUCCAGUCGUGUUAUUGGUGCUCGUGUCCAAGGACACUUCAAGAACAGUAAGGAUCCACUCUACCCUAGAAGCCUCACGGGAUUCAUGCGCGAGGAAAUGAAAGUUCAAGUCAGUUAUUGGAAGGCUUGGAAAGGAAAACAAUGGGCUCAAAAUCUGAUCAGAGGAAUAGCAAAAGAAAAAUUUUCCUUGCUCCUUUCAUAUUGUCAUAUUUUGAAGCAGGUAAAUCCAAGCACAGUUACCCACAUUGAACUUGAUUCAGAAAAUACGUUCAAGUACUUUUUUAUGGCAUUGGGAGUGGCUAUAAGAGGGUUCACCUACAUGAGGAAAGUAAUUGGUAUAGAUGCGACUUGGAUCAAAACUAAGCAUAAGGGUGUGUUAUUAGUAGAAACUACACAAGAUAGUGAAUAUCAUACUUACCCCAUUGCAUGGGGUUUGGUUGAUAGUGAGAAUAACGCUUCAUGGACAUGGUUCUUAGAGAAGUUGAAGGAGUUGAUACCUGAUAGCUCAGACUUGUGUUUUAUUUCUGAUAGACAUCAAAGUAUCGAACAUGCAGUGCGUCGUGUUUAUGUUAUGGCUUCUCAUGGGGCAUGCUAUUGGCACGUAAAGCAAAAUAUAAAACAUCGUUUCAAAAGUGCUGCUUCGUCUAAAUUGUACAAGAAAGUUGCAAUUGCAUACCUUAUCGAAGAGUUUAAUAAACAUUUUGACCAUAUUCGCAAAAUAUAUCCACGUGUUGCUAAGUAUCUUGAGAAUGAUGUCAAGUUCAAAAAGUGGUCGAGAGCACAUUUUGGUGGUAAUCGGUAUGAAGUUAUGACCACUAACAUAGUUGAGACUGUGAAUAAUUUGAUGUGA